CUCGUGGAUGUGUUGGGUAAGAGGCGCGUAGAUGAUGGACGGCAUGGCGCAGCAGAUACAAUCAGGUACGGUAGGUGAGCCAAUCCCUGCUUCGGCUCUGUGCUUCAAUACUGGUUGGGUCGGUGUGUGUGUGCUGACAUGACAGGCGGGUUAUCUCAGCUGCCGAGGGUGCCAUUGAGCGACGAGGUGUUCGGCAUCGGUCCCUAUGCAUCGUCCUCGGCGUCUGCGGCGGCCAAUCCCCUCUGCCCCAUUGACCUAGACGGCAGCUCAGGGAUGGAGCAGGCACUCAGCGCCGCCGCGAACAACCCCAUCCUCACCUCUAUCCUCGACGCACCUGCCAGGUCAUGACACACGCAGCACCACACACACACAGAGAGGGGAUAUCAUAUCUGGAGUCCUUCGGGUCGGGCUGGCUUGGCUGCAGCGAGUGGAGUCGGCAGGAGGACGAGACGCUGAUGAAGCUGGCGCAGGACAGCACCAGUGGCACCAACUGGAAGCUCAUCUCGGCGCACUUCCCUCUCCGCUCCGAGCAGGAGUGCGUGCAGAGGUGGCGCAAGAUAUCAUCGCCUAUCGAUGGCAAGGUACGUCACAAGCUCUUCUGUCAAGUGCAUGACAUGACGUCCAUAGUUUUUGUGUGUGUCCGUACGUAUGUGUGUGUGCAGCAAGGGCCGUGGGCGAGCGAUGAGGACAGCACCCUCUACCACUUGGUCAUGCAAUACGGCCCAUCACGGUAGGUAUCCACACACACAAACACACGCACAGACGCGCACACGAACAGAUGGAUGGACAACGAUCGCUGCGUGUGUGUCGAUCUGUCGGUCAAACAAUGGUCAGUUGGACUGAGAUAUCCAAGAUCUUGAACGAGAAGAUGCACCAGGGCAAGACGGUGCGGCUGGGCCGUCAGUGCCGUGAGCGGUGGUACAACCACCUCGACCCCACCAUACGACGGGGCGGAUGGACUCACGAGGAAGACGCCUUCAUCCUCCAGAAACAGGCUGAGCUGGUCAGUCAGUAGCUAGGUCGGGAGAGGGUAGGGUGUGCGAGAGGAGAGGCUCUUGUGUGUGUUGUGUUGUGUGUGUGGUCUGUGGUUCAUUCAGGGGAAUCGCUGGGCUGAGAUUGCGAAGCAGCUGCACGGCCGGACGGAGAACGCCGUAAAGAACCGCUUCAACUCGCUCAUGAACAAAAACAUGAGGGCCAUCUCCACAAGUCAGUGAAGAGCCGGCAAGGCAACCAGCACAGGCACAAAGGCCUGACGACUAACUGUGCGAGUGUGUGUGUGUGUGUGUGUUGGUGUGCAGGUGCGAGUGGGAGUGCGGGCAGUCUGACGGGUGGGGCUGACAGCGUGGCGGCUGCCUUCGCCAUGCAGCACUACACCAACCUGCAAGCAAGUGCGUGAGCACACACGCGCGCGUUCGUCGUAUGGUGUAUAUGUAUAUGCUAUGCAGGCCCCGCUGCGUCGUCUUACAACCCCUACCUGCACCAGCCCCACCCCCAGUCGUACGGCAGCCGCCCUCCCCCCUCCCUCCCCCCCGACAAGCCACAGUCGAUGCAGCUCGGCAGCGCACCACAGGGCAGCCCAAACGGCAUGCACAUGCAUGUGGGUGGUGGUGAAGGGGGGGCCAACAGUGCCUAUAGUGUCAAUGCCGGUCAGACACCCACCCACGGCGCACGGAGAUAGAGAGAGACACGCAAACACACGUUUGUGUGUUUUGUUGUGUGGUGUGGUGUGGUGUGGUGUGGUGCAGGUAUGGGUGUGAGCGGGAUGCCCAGCCCUCUGGACCCUUCUCCCUAUCCGCCGGACGGCCCCGCACCGAUGAGCACCACCAGCAGUGGUGGCGGUGGUGGGACCGACAUGCCUCUGGCACCACUCAAGAUGGAGACAUCACCACCGCAGCCGCAGCCACAGCCGCAGCCGUCAUCGGCCUCACCCACCACCAGCACCACUAACACUCAGGAGGGCCCCCGGCAGACCGGCCGCAUGUCGCACCACCAGCAGCUGCUCUUGAUGCGACGGCAACAGCAGCAGCAGCAGCAGCAGCAGCAAAGUAGCCAGGGCAUUAACCCCUAUUUGCAGGCGGGGACGGGCUAUCAGCCGUCUUACGAGCAGCCGCAGCAGUGGGGCCAGGAGGGCUAUGCCAAUGCCUACCAGGUGUAUCCCCCGUCCUCGCACCAGCGCGCACACCCUUACGCACACCCAUCAGCAGCGGAUUACCAGCACCAGCAGCACCAGUACUACGGCCCGACUGCUGCUGCUGCUGGCUGCGAGCCGUCGCAGGCCCUGACGUUAGAAUCGAGGUCACAAAGCGCCCCUGAGUGAGCAAAGCGGACCGACACACACACACACACACACACGCACGCACACAGACGAACGAUAUGCACGCAACCCUCUCUGUGUGGCGUGCCAGUUCCCAUCAUGUGCCUUCGCCCGGUGGUGGCGGCACACUGCCGCCGCUGGUGGCGGGCAGUGGGGGCAGUAAGGCCGGGGAGGACCCCGCCUCGUCCAGUGGCUUGAACAGACAUAGAAUGGGUCAGUGGAUGCAUGGCAUGGUCGGAGGCAAUCCUUGUGCUGACGCAUGUGUGCUUGUGUGUGUGUUGGGGGUGGUGUGCAGGAGGCGAAGCUCAUGGCGACAUCGACGAGACAAGAGCCAUAAGGUGCCUGAACCAACACCGCCCAGAUAAGUCCCACAUCAAAUCCCCGUGUGUCCACCAGGUCUGCCUUCAGCGGGGGUCUGUUCUACCGCUACAGCCGCCCCAAGCGCAAGUACUUCUCAUGCCCCAGCGCCAUGAUCGACGCACAAGCCACCAUGGACAAGGAACGAAGCCAACUCAAGCAGCACAUCGAGCAGCAGCGCGUGUGGCGACAGCAGAAGCUCGCCGCGCGCAAUGCCGCACGCACCCCCGGCUCGGACGCCCCACGGGACAGCCCGACCGAGCUCACGACCAACGACGAGAUGAGUGAGCACAAUGUCAGGGGCGGGGAGGGCGGAACGGGCAAUGGCAAUGGGAAUGGGAAUGUGGUCGUGUCGCCUAGUGCUGGGGAGGGUCAGCGAGAGGGAGGGGGAGGGGAUAAUACUUAGAAAGACAGACCAGACAGGCGCUAGAAUGGCCAGAAUUGGUGGACGGACAGGCAGCAACGUUUUCUCUGCGUGACUUGAAUCAGUGAGAGAGAGGAUGGCGGGCUUGCUUUCAAUUCGGCUGAGUGUACCAUAAUGCUUCGUGUGUCUGGUGCUUGCUUCCACACGG